CGCACGGGGUCAGGUAAGAAAACUUCCCAGCUUUAUGUUUAUUUAUUUUUUUCACCUGUGCGGUCGCACGGGCGAGCACUCUGAAGACCCAGUCAGUGGAGCAGGGGCCUGGGGGAGGUAGUUUGACCUCCCUGGGGGUGUCAGGGCUUCCGUAGCCAUGGCUGAGUCCCAGCUCAUGUGCAUGGAGGACGGGCACAUCGGUGUCAAAGUCCCGGAGUCCAAGCCGGAGUUCUACUACAGCGAAGAGCAGCGUGCUGCGGUCGAGGAGCUGCUGAAGAAUGGCGACGGCGCCUUCAAGACGCGGCUCAAGGAAGACAACGUCACAGACUUUUUAUCCGCGAGGGAAGUUAAAGUUCUCGUGAGCACUUUCAAACAAUAUAACUGUAACGACACCAGCAGCAGCAGCAAGCCGGCGGAACAGGGAGCCGCUGGGACCGACGCAGACUCAGGGGUUCAUUCCACCUACUGGCCAGUGAUGUCGGACACCGAGGUCCCGACGCUGGACAUCGGCUGGCCCAGCGGGGGGCUCUUCAAAGGGGUGACCCGGGUGGCCGUGCACACCCACCCACCCAAAGACAACGGACCGCACAUCAAGGAGGUGGUGCGGCGGCUCAUCCAGGAGGCGAGCAAGGUCAUCGCCAUAGUGAUGGACAUGCUGACAGACAUCCACAUCCUGCAGGACCUGAUGGAUGCAGCUUGCUGUCGGUCUGUGCCUGUUUACAUUGUGUUGGACGACCAAGCUGUUCCUCACUUCCUGGACAUGUGUUCCAGGCUUCAGAUUGGCUCGCAGCACCUCCGGUUCAUCCGAGCACGAUCGCUUCAAGGAGUUGGCUUCAAUAUGUCCUUCGGUAGACUCCCCGGAUCGCUUUUUAGUAAAUACAUGCUGGUGGACGGAGACAAAGUAGCAUUUGGCUCUUACAGUUUCUCUUGGUCUGCUUCCCGAAUGGACCGAAACAUGAUCACUGUGAUGACGGGGCAGGUGGUGGACGUCUUCGACAGAGACUUCCGUGAGCUGUACGCCAUAUCAGAGAAGUUGGACCUCUACAAGGAGUUUCACGUCAGUCCCUCUGCUGCCAAGGUGACCGCCACAAUUCGCCCCAAACUGGAGCCCAAACGCCCCCCGUUACCAGCGACCACAUCCCGUUUCCAGGUGAGCCUCGGAGACUCUCGGAACGUUGAAAUCCAGGUUCCUGCCCACAAGUACUACAAUCCCAAAUACUCGCUGCUGUUCGGAGGUUCUCCACUUCCUGCAAGAUCUCUGCAUGACGAAAGAACGAAGCCGGAUCUCGCAGAUGUUCGCGAAGACGAGGGAAGGCCUCGAGUGGCCAGCAGUCUUAAGCUCGAUGGGCAGAGUCCGUUGCCCUCAGAGGCCCCAAGUGAGAACUUCAAGAUGCCAAACAAAGUAUCUGUGGGGAAAAAGAGAGGCUUAACUUGGAAGUUUUCGAGGAAAAAAUCUCUGGGUAAGCUUUCUGUUAGAAAUACAGGGAGUCCGUCACCGACAGAGACUCAUCCCAAUGAAUUGGAAGACGGUGCCUCGGUGGUUGUGGUAAACCCAACCAAAGGGAAUAAGAAGCUUUCUAAACUGGACCAAAAAACAUUGUCUCAGCAAACUGUCAACACGUCACAUGACAAAGAAAGUUUGAAGAGUCGUCGUCAUGGAAAAUCAGGAUGUAAAGCAUCCUGAGCUGAACUUGUUUGACGCUUUCAACGGCGUAUGUCUACAUGUUCUUGAAACAGACGAGGAAAUGACUUGAACAGAGCUGGGACACCUCAACAUCACGCACGUUUUGAACGAAGACCAGAUGAAUGUCCAGACCUUCAGCUGUCGAUCUACUGCUUUCACAUCUGGAGCUGCUGAUCUGACAGAACCCCUGGAAUCACAUAUGUAUGGAGGCCUUCUUGUUCUGGGUCUGGGUUUGGUUUUUAUUUUUUAUUUUUCUUGCAAACAUGGGUGGAUUUUUAAACUUGUUCAGGGAGUGUGUUUAUGUGUCAUACCUGUUUAUCUAAAUUGCAGAAUAAGAAAAACCACAUUUAUUCCUAGAGAGAGGUUGUUUGGUUUCAAAUUUAAAUGAGAUGAAUUGGAUCUGACAAUGGGGUUUUUUUUUUUCAGACCUAUUCAGCCACGCUGACUCUUCUAAAUAUAUCAAGCAUAUAUUUCUAUGAGGAAUCCUGGUUUGCAAUGAAGUUCAUGCACUACUGAUAUCGCUGCUAACAGACUACAGAUUAGAUUUGUAUUUAUUGAAUCGGGUCAUUAUUACUUUUAUUUUUCCCACAUGUAUGAUCAUGUACUGAAUGAUGAUGCCUCUACAGUCUGCUUGCAGAAUCAGUAUCUGCCCAACCGACACAUUAAUUUUCCUAACAAUGGGAAAUAAUUUAAAGUAGAGGUGUUUAAAGAGACAGAGACCUGCUUUUUAAUGCUGAAGAUGAGCUACUCUUGAGUUACCACACAAAAUCAAUACUUUGCAGAGGUUCCUGGACCUGAUGCACUGAACCCACAUAUUGAGCACCACAAACGGUUAAUAGCCGUUAUUUGUCAUCAUCCUGUUAUAACAACCACCAGAAGUGCGAUUAUAGCGUAAAUGAUACAUUUCAAGUUUAAUUUCACAUUUUCACCCAGAAUCCUCUGUCUUCUUUUCAGCAGCAUGAUCAACCUUUACGGUAUCUUUCUUGAUUCCGGAUAGGGCUACAAAAAAACAAAAGUUUCCUUUCAUUUGAAGUAGGCAGCCCUCGUCUGCAUGGUGUGUGUUUACAGUGUGUGAAAGCAUUUUUUUUUUUUUUUAUGAGAGAGUUGCUCACCAUCAGAUUACUCUCAUGUUGGUGACAGGAGGAGGCGAUAGAGCAGCAGAUGUCAGAUAAUAGAAAAGCCUGUGUGAAAAUAUACACAAAUGCAACAACAUGGUUGGUUUUAUUUCUAUGUACGUGAAAUAAAACCACUGCAUUAAGUUGUACUAAACUUAAAAAAUGUAAACUGUGAUGACCUUGAACAGACUUUUAACUCUUUAUGCACAAGUAACUUUGAAACUUUUAGAUUUUUUGUGCUGCAUUUUGAUUCACUCAUAGUAAGACAACAAGAAAUCCUCAAAGUCGUAACACUUAAAUGAGCAGACAUUGUGUUACCCAUGUAGUGGCAUGUUGGGUUGUUGGAUGUAGGCAAAGGUUGGAUGCCUGUCAUUUAUUGUUUCUGUAUGUUUCAAUAAAUCUUUGGUGUUUUGUUCUUU